AUGAAUGCAAAAAAAGUAAAUAAUGUCAUUAAUCUUUUAAUUAAUGAAAUAAAAUUAAAUGAACAGUCAGAAAUUACACAAGAUUUAUCUAAAGAAAAAGGAAUAAAUGUUGCAAAGUCAUUUUUGAAUAUUAACUGUUCAGGCAAAGAAAAAGUUUAUAAUCCUACAAAGAGAGAACAAAAGGGAGACCAGCAAAAUGUAGGAAAUGAAGAAAAUGUAGAAAAUGAAGAAAAUGUAGGAAAUGAAGAAAAUGUAGAAAAUGCCCCAAAUAACGACAGACAAAAUAUACCGGAUGAACAGAAGGAACUCAGUGACUAUAACACGGACGAUGACGUUAUUGGUGAUAUGGAAAAAGCGGGUUUGGAAUUCUAUGAUGACAAGAUUGAUGAUUAUGAUGAAGAAUAUGUAAAUAAAAAAUAUAGAUUUUGCACAAAAAGCUGUGACUCAAGUUUGUGCUGCUGUGGUUGCUUCAUACCUGUUUGUUAUCAAAGUCAAAGACAUGAAUAUUAUGUGAAUCAGUACAGAAGUUUAUAUGCUGUUAAUAUAAAGAUAGACGAAGAAACAACAUUAAAUGAGCAUGAUGUUAAUCUUAAAAAGAACGCUAAAGGAUAUAGUGCAGGUCUAAAGGAAGAAAUGAAAGAUAAAGAAGACGAAGUUAUAAAUAACAGUAUAAUGCAAAAUACUGGAUGUGUAAAAAUUCCGGGAAAUCAAAAAUUACAAAAAUAUCAUGCUGUUUUUUGUAUAAAUUGUAAUAAUCAUAUUGCAUAUUUUGAAAUAAAAAAAAAAAUUUUCCACUUUUUUGAUGUCCUACCAGAUUAA